UACACUGAGAAGAAGAAUCUGAGGAUGGACCUGUUUGAAGUGUUGGUUCUUGCUCUGCUGUCCAUCGGUGCUCAUGCUAGUAACCAGUGUUCACUAGCUGGAAGCUGGAGAAAUGAAUUAGGAUCUACUAUCACCAUAAAUUCUGCAAAUAAAUACGGGAAAUUCAGUGGGACUUACAUGACGGCAGUGUCAGUCAACAAUGUAAAUAUCACAGAAACACCAUUAACUGGAUUUCAGCAAAAGUCUAAUCAACCUUCCUUUGGAUUUACUCUCAAAUGGGCAUUUUCAGAUUCAAUAACAGUCUUCACUGGUCAGUGCUUCUUAACCGCAACGGGAGGAAAGGUUCUUCAAACAAGUUGGCUGCUGAGAUCAAUGGCCACGAAUGAAGCAGAAAACUGGAAGGCAACACGAGUUGGUGUUAACACUUUCACGCCGAUUUAAUGUGGAUAAUAAAGGAAGAUGAUCUCAGUUAUAUUCAUGUACCAGUGCUACCAUCACUCAAAGCUUACAAAGAAUGAAUGCUGGUAUUAUGCAGCCUUAAUUUGUUACAUUUGACAUUUUUCCAAAUUCCCUAAUAAAUCAUUUUUAAUGAAAA